AUGAGGCUCUUGGAUAUUCAGGCCGCAAUUGGUACGGCGAUACUGUUGCUCUCAUCGCCAUGCGACGCAAAACCUGGUCAUCGCUUGUCGCAUUUGGAUAUUUUGGAGAAGAGACAUAGUCACAAGAGGCUACACGCUUCGCCCCGGGCCGAGGGUCACGAAAGCGCUUUGCAGAAGCGUGCGACAUGCGCCUUCCCUACCGAUGCUGGCUUGGUCGCAGUCACACCAGGCUCGUCAAAUGGAGGAUGGGCAAUGAGUCCGGAUCAAUCUUGCACUUCGGGCACUUACUGUCCGUAUGCGUGCCCACCGGGAGAGGUUAUGGCGCAAUGGAACCCAAAGGCGACUUCAUACACGUACCCAUUGUCGAUGGAUGGUGGACUGUACUGUGAUUCGAACGGCAAAGCCAGCAAGCCGUUUCCCAAUAAGCCGUAUUGUGUGUCAGGAGCCGGCUCGGUUGGUGUCCAGAACAAUGCUGGGAAGGUCGUUUCAUUUUGCCAGACUGUCUUGCCUGGAGGCGAGUCGAUGCUUAUUCCUACCAAGGUCGAUAGCUGGGCAGGUAUCGCAGUUCCAGAUCCAAGCUACUGGUGCAGCACUGCAGCACAUUACUAUAUAAAUGCUCCCGGCAUUGAUACAGACGAUGCUUGCAUCUGGGGAGACGGAUCCAAGCCACUUGGGAACUGGUCACCAUAUGUUGCAGGUACUAACCAGGACGCAUCUGGAAACACCUUCCUUAAGCUCGGAUGGAACCCAAAGUUCACUGAUUCCGACGCAACUUUUACCAAAUCCAAGCCAACCUUUGGUAUCAAGGUCGUCUGCUCAGGCUCUGGCUGUAACGGCACACCAUGCUCGAUCGACCCAUCAAAGAACGGCAUUGGCGGUGUCACGAGCGCUGAUCAGGCCUCUGGAGCAGGAGGAGCCAACUUUUGCGUCGUGACGAUCCCAGAAGGAGAGACUGCCAACAUCGUUGUUUUCAACACCGGUUCUAGCGGUUCCGGUGCAUCUGACCUUCUCGGGGACUCUGCUGCAAAGGCAUCUUCGUCAAGCGAAACUCCUACUCCUACACCGACUCCGACACCCACGCCAACUCCAACACCCACUCCAACACCAACACCGACUUCGACAACUUCUACGAGCUCGUCGGAGUCUACUUCAGAGUCUUCAACCUCAUCUUCAUACACGAGUUCUAGCUCGUUCAGCGAAACCUCAACUUCUUCAUCUUCUGCCAACAAGACCUCAGCUUACCCGACAGCCGACAACUCGCCCCACGUGCUCUUCGAAGAGAAGAACACAACAACCACUUCUACCAGUGGCUACCCUUCUACCGGAAGCGGCACUGGAACUGCUCUAUCAGGAACAACAGCAGUUGAAAGUCCUAUCGCAAGCGCAACCAAGAAGUCCGGCGCACCAGAAACGAUCGUCACCUCAAGCAGUCUGUUCAGCCUGGUAGUCAUGUUCGCCGUUGCUGGCUACAUGCUCUAA